UUAUGUCCACUUGCUAUCAAGUCCUUGUAUGUCUUACAGCUUUAUAAUUAUUUAAAAAAAAAAAGUAAUUUAAUACUGUCCGGUUAUUCUGUGUUGUGUGGAAUAUUAAAAUGACGGAACAAGAUUCUGUGCAAGUGCGAGAAAAUUCUUCGGAAAAUGACGUCAGUGUUACCAACGGCGAUGUUGGAACAUCACUUGAAGUGCCGGCCAAGAACCUGCUCCGUCCGGUGUCGCAGGGCGUGAUGGAGCACGCGCUGCAGCACCGCGAACGCGUGGGCGUGCAAGACUUCGUGCUGCUCGAGGACUACCGCUCCGAAGCCGCCUUCAUAGACAACCUGCGUAAGCGGUUCAACGAGAACAUCAUAUAUACUUACAUCGGUAACGUGUUGAUCUCCGUCAACCCUUACAAGAAUCUUCCCAUCUAUACUGAGGAGAAGGCGAAGCUUUACUAUAAAAAAGCUUUCUUCGAAGCUCCGCCUCAUGUAUUUGCAAUUGCGGACAAUGCCUACCGAUCAUUAGUUUACGAACACCGAGAACAAUGCAUCCUGAUUUCAGGUGAAUCGGGAUCAGGAAAAACCGAAGCUUCAAAGAAGGUUCUAGAAUACAUCGCUUCAAGAACAAACCAUCUUCGCAAUGUUGAAACUGUUAAAGACAAGCUGCUGCAAAGUAACCCGUUACUCGAAGCAUUCGGAAACGCCAAAACACAUCGGAACGAUAAUUCAAGUCGCUUCGGCAAAUAUAUGGAUAUACAAUUCAAUUUCGAAGGUGCGCCAGAAGGAGGUCAUAUCUUGAACUAUCUUCUAGAAAAGUCUAGAGUCGUAAGCCAAAUGUCCGGCGAAAGGAACUUCCAUAUUUUCUAUCAACUGUUGGCUGGUGCAAGCCAAGAUUUGCUGAGGCAAUUGAAGCUGCAAGGACGACCUGAAGCUUACAAGUAUACGACAGACAUGCAAUCAUCGGUGAGCCAAAAGGCGAGUGACGCGGAGCAGUUCCGCGUGGUACAGGAGGCAAUGAAGGUGAUAGAGAUAGGUGAGGCGGAGCAGCGCGAGAUGUUCCAAAUAGUGGCCAGCGUCCUGCACCUCGGCAACGUGAAGUUCGUGCAAAACGACAAGGGAUACGCAGAGAUAUUGUCACAUGAUGCCAACAGUGGGAACGUUGCUGAUCUUCUAAAAGUGGACCCACUGAAGCUCCGGGAAAGUCUAACAAGUCGUACAAUAGACGCUAGAGGCGACGUCGUCAACACUCCUCUAGACAUGGAGCAGGCGCAGUACGCGCGGGACGCGUUAGCAAAGGCCAUAUAUGACAAACUCUUCAGCUGGCUUGUCUCCAGACUUAACGCUUCUCUCGCCCCUAAGGAGAAAGAUCCCAGAGCUUCUGUAAUUGGAAUCUUGGAUAUCUACGGAUUCGAGAUCUUCCCGAAGAAUAGUUUCGAGCAGUUCUGCAUUAACUUCUGCAACGAGAAGCUGCAGCAGCUGUUCAUCCAACUGACAUUGCGUCAGGAGCAGGAGGAGUACCUGCGCGAGGGCAUCGAGUGGGAGCCCGUCGACUACUUCAAUAAUAUCGUCAUCUGUGACCUCAUAGAAGCCAGGCACAAAGGUAUAAUAUCAAUCCUGGACGAUGAGUGUCUGCGGCCGGGAGAUGCGACAGACGCCAGCUUCCUGGACAAGUUGACGCAGCAUUUGGAGGGACACAAGCACUUCAAGUCGCAUCGCAAUCUCGACUCCAAGACACAGAAGCUAAUGGGCAGAGAUGAGUUCUGUCUUGUGCAUUACGCUGGCGAUGUGACGUACAAUGUGAACACGUUCCUUGAGAAGAACAACGACUUGCUGUUCCGCGACAUGCAGGCGCUCAUGGCACGCAGUGAUAACACCAUCGUUGGCACAUGUUUCAAGGAUUCAAAGUUAAUGAGCAAGAAACGUCCGGAGACAGCGAUCACUCAGUUCAAGAACUCUCUCAAUGACCUCAUCAAGAUUCUAAGCAGCAAGGAGCCCUCCUACAUCCGCUGCAUCAAACCUAACGACUUCAAGAUGCCCAUGCAAUUCGACGACAAGUUGGUAUCUCAUCAAGUUAAGUAUCUCGGUCUGAUGGAGAACUUGCGAGUACGUCGCGCUGGUUUCGCAUAUCGUAGGACUUAUGAAGCUUUCUUAGAGAGGUACAAGUGCUUGAGUUCAGAAACAUGGCCGAACUAUCGAGGUGAGGCUCGCGAUGGCGUGCAAUGCCUCGUCAGCGUGCUCAAAUACGAGAAGGAAGAGUACCGCAUGGGCAACACCAAGAUAUUUAUUCGAUUCCCGAAGACGCUCUUCGAUACAGAAGACGCGUACCAGUUGAAGAAGAACGACAUCGCGACUAUUAUUCAGAGCCGAUGGCGCGGCUACUGGCAGAGGAAGCAGUACUUGCGCAUGAGAGAAGCCGCCAUCGUCAUACAGAAGUGGGUGCGUCGUUUCCUCGCACAGCGUCUCAAGGAGCGCCGCCGCAAAGCUGCACAAGUCAUCCGAUCAUUUAUCAAAGGUUUCAUCACCCGCAAUGGUCCGGAGACGCCGGAGAACCGUCGUUUCCUCGGCAUCGCGAAGGUGCACUGGCUGAAGCGGCUGAGCACGCAGCUGCCGCACCGGCUGCUGGACCUGAGCUGGCCCGCCUGCCCCGCCACCUGCCGGCAAGCCUCCGCCGAGCUCCAGCGUCUGCACCGCGCCUGGCUCGCGCGCAAGUACAGGCUCGCGCUCUCACCAGAGGACAAGAAGCAGUUCGAGCUUAAGAUACUUGCGGAGAGUAUAUUUAAAGGAAAGAAGAACAGUUACCCGAGCAGUAUAGGCGAGCGCUUUGUGACGGACAGACUGACAGGGGAGCACCGCGUGCUGCGCGACACCUUCAUGGCCUCCCCCUCCUGGCCUACUGGGGAACAACUCAUCUAUUCAUGUGAGGCGGUGAAGUACGACCGUCGCGGAUACAAGCCGCGCGAGCGAGGUCUGCUCGCGUCACAACGUGCGCUAUAUGUAGUGGACGCGGCGGGACGUAAGACAUACAAACUGAAGCACCGACUGCCUCUCGACAAGCUAAGAGUUGUCGUCACCAACGAGACCGACCAGCUCGCACUCAUCAAGAUACCGCAGGAACUCAAGAAAGAUAAGGGCGACCUGAUCAUCUCAGUGACGCACCUGAUAGAGGCACUCACCAUCGUCACUGACUACACAAAAAAGCCUGAACUUAUUGAAAUCGUGGACACCAGAACCAUCGCCCAUAACCUGGUGAAUGGUAAGCAAGGUGGCACCAUUGAGGUGACAAACGGGCCGCAGCCCGCCAUACAACGCGCCAAAAGUGGCAACCUGCUCGUAGUUGCAACACCUUGAAAUACUACCAGCUCAGUAUU